AUGAUUUUAUUAUUUCUUUUCAUUAAACUCUUUUUUCUACCUAUUUCUUAUUCACUUAAUUGUAUUGGAGGUCCAAAUUGUCAUAUUACAUUAGAUUUCAAUCAAAAAUUACCUAGUCAUAAACAACUUCUUGAAACAUGCUCUACUAUUGAAGUUUCAUCAUGUUCUGUAUUUCUUAAAAUUGAUUAUGAUGAUCAACAAGUAGAUAUUUCAUUUAAAAAAAUAUCAAAUUAUACACAAUCAUCAUAUCCUUUUAUGGAUCUUCUUGCAACAAAUCGUCAAGCUUCAAUUAUUCUUCGUUAUACGAUUAAAAUUAAAGUUCAUCAUCAUAAUAAAAUUCAACUAUAUGUUUUACUUCAAUGUCAAACUCAUGAUCAAUGUACAGAACGACAAUUACGUCAUUAUUGGCCUCGUUUUAUUUCAUUAGAUAAUCGUCAAAAUAGUUUUAAUCGUUUUUAUAAUUUUCUUUUUUUAAAUACAUCAAAUUUUAUUUAUUGUUUUGAUGAUCAAUUAAAUCAAACUGUGCAAUGCUCGAUGAUUGAUGAUAGUAAAUGUUGGGCAUCAACUGAUAGUCGUCGACGAUGUAUAAAAUCUGAUAAAGAUUAUCCUAAUUAUUUUAUCUAUUCCUACAAUAAAGUUGAUCAACCACAUCAAUUAACAGAUGAACAUGUUCAUUAUACAUUGAUAUGUCAUGCCAAUAAUUGUAAUAAUAAUCAGUCUAUUAAACAACUUAGUGAAUUAGCUCGGCAAUUUGCUGAAAAUUCACGAUUAAUAAAUAAUGCAACAGAUCGAACAAGAUUACAUGAUAAAUCAUUUGCUAUCAAAUUUCUUGUUUCUUAUUUCGAUAUUUUUUGUUUUGGAUUAUGUAUGAUAGCUGAUGAAGAAGGAACUAAUCAUGACAAUCAAAAUGCUCAACAUUUAUAUACAAUACAAUCACUUUUGACUUAUGAAAAUAGUUCUAUUGUUAGUCUUUAUUGGAAUUCUAAUCAUCUUGAAUAUAAAAUUAUUCGUGAUAAUGAAAUUUGGUUUGAAAGUGGUCCAUUUUUUAUUCAUUUUAAUCAAACAUAUUAUUCAUCAGCACCAGAACAAGAAAUAAUACCAAUGUUACCAUUAUAUUUAAUAGAACAAUAUGAAAAAAUUGGUACUGAUAUUAUUUUUGGUUUAUUUAAUAAAUUAUCACUUCGUUGGUCAUAUACAAAUACGACAAAUAAUUUUAUUUGGGAAACAUCAUUUUAA